UCUUUCUCUCCACUUCGUGAAGUUGUGGACAAAGUUUAUGCAAAAAAGUUCUGAUUUUGAAGUUAGUUUUAGUCUGGAUUUGUUGCUUUUUAUUGAUAAAUGGAAAUAAGGAUGGUCAUUUUGAUGGAAAAGCAGAGAAGAUUGUUAUUUUCUUUGGGUCAGGAUAUGCAUUAAAGGGCUAUUUCAUAGCUGAUGUUCAAAGGGGCAGUUUAUUUAUGGGAAGUUAAUUUUUUAUUUCACUAUGAAAGAUAAGUUUUUUAGGUUUUAGAGCUAGGAGUAGGAACUGGGUCUUGAUAAUUGGGAACUCAAGAGGUGGUUUUUGCAAGAGAAAAUGUGAUUUUAGGAAGUGGGUAUGAGCUGAAAUUGUUGAUACAAAACUUAGAGGAUGUUGAUUGAAUGAAGUGGGCUUUGAAAAGCUUACUGUUCUGUAAAAGCAUAUUACAUCGUCAUUACUAUUUCAUUUUCUGUAGUUUAUUUUUGUUAUAUUGUUUCGUUUAGGAUGAUAAAUGAAUCAUUUGACAAAUUAGUGUUAUUUUCUGCUGAAAAAACUGGAAAUACAAGUAGGAAUGGCAUGCCACAGUUGAUUCAUGUGGAAAAACCAAAGUGCCCUUCAUAAGACCUGUAGAUGUCUGCAUUCUUGUUAUUAUCUGCAAAAUUCCCUGUAACAUGUCGUUUCAUUUGAGAUUAGAUGACCAUUUUAAAUGAAUAAGUUUCUAAGUUCAAGGCAACUGAAACAAGUUUUGAUUAUUUACAUGAUGGCUAACAGUUUUUGGAUUGUGACUGAUGCCGUAGUUCACUGUGCUGUUCAUAGGGUGCUUUGGUUCUGUUUAAGCUCAGGCAACCAUCACAGUGACAGUUUCAUGGCAGGCAAUGGCCUGCCACCUUUGGGUCGUGUGAAGCUUAGCGAUCUAGUUCCCUCUGAAGGCCUUCCUUCUGAAUCUUACAAACUAUCAGUAAUGACUUUGUCACAAUCGCUUGUUCAAUAUUCUGCCGCCAUCAUUCAGUUUUCAUCAAGUGACGGGGCUCUCUUAAGAUCUGGUUUGGAUUCUGCUCGCUUGUAUUUCCAUCAACGAUCAUCAUUUCCAGCUCCAGAUAUGAUUCACACUAAUGAUUCUCGUGAAUGGUGCAAGACAUCAGGUUACUACAUGGAUCCUCAGCUAUGGCAGGAAACAUAUGAUUAUAGACCUGGACUCACUCCUAUAGAGCCCAACAAUACAAUGGAAAUUCCUCCAGGAGGUUUGCCUGACAUCUUUUGCCUGCUUGGAAAGGCAGCUAGGGAUAUACUGGAUGCCAUCAGCUUCUAUUUGACUUUGCGUAGCUCUCCAUUCACUGAAAUACUUGAUAAUGUUCCCUUGAGAGACAGGGAAAUAUCAUCUUCUGUGUUAUCUGUUUGUUGUCAUGCAAGGCCAUCUUUUCAGGGCACACAACAUCAUAAUUUAACAGCCCAUGAGGACGGGCAGCUGGUUAUGUAUCCGGACCAUGAGCACCAAGUGGAUAAAAGCCUAAUAUCUCUUGUCAAGUCAGAUAAGCCAGGUUUACACAUAAGAGACCUUCAUGGUCGGUGGGUUCCUGUGGAUGUUGAUCUUGGUCCUCAAGAAGCCGUUGUAUACCCUGGUCUUGCCCUCUACCAGGCAACUGCAGGCUAUGUCAACCCAGCACUGCUCAGAACAGAGUUUAAUAGCAUGCAGGGUAGCAUGUAUGGACGCUGUUCUUUGGCUUUUAAACUUAUGCCAAAAUCCAUGACCAGUCUCAAUUGUUCGGAGAUGAGAGCAGCUGGUCAUGGUGUUGAAGCUCAAUUUCAGCUACCAAUACCAGUGGAUGAUUUCAUGCAGAGAUCACAUCCUACCGACCAGCUUUUUAACAGACAUAAUUUCCAGAGUUUCAGUUCCCCUACAGCGCAAGAUGGAUCUGUGAAGCCCUUGAUGAGGAGGAGGAAGAAUAAUUCAAGAUGCAAACCUCUACCACCUUCAAAGAGGCUAAGGCUUGAGGCCCAGAGGGUUCUGAAAGAAAGAGUUCAGGACAUUGCUGAUAAAAAGGGUAUCAAGUUAAGAUUCUGCAACCUGAAAGAGUGUGAGAAUCACAUUCAUGCCCUAGAUAGCCCAUGUGCAAACAUAAGAAUGGAGAUUGGAUGGCCUCCUGGAGUGCCAUUUGUUCAUCCCCAUGAUUUACCAAAUAAGGCAAAGAUUAGUUUUCUUGAAGCUUACGAGCCCGGUGCUACUCACGAUAUGGAGUUGAGUUUCACAGACCCUGGACAAGGCAGUCAACAUACGUCCAGCUGUAAUUGAAUCAGUUUCAACCGUUUUAAAUAGGUGGCAACCAUUGAUCAGCUUAUGACUGAGACUGACUUGGAUGAUCUCUAUAGUUGCCUUGUAUGGACCAUUUAACCAGUCUUCAUUCAGGUUUUGACGCUACAGUGGUUCUCCAAAACUGUAUGAAAACCGUAUGAGAUGAGAGCAUUUGAGCUACAAUCACUGAGGAUAUGUGAAAUACAGGUUACUUUGGCUUGGAUCGUUCUGUGUCUAAAUUGAUAAGAUCGUGGUAGUGUUGUGUUGAGAUCUACUUGACCACGUUAGUAGUUGGUUCGGAUCUGUACGUAUUGCCAGUAGAGAGUUGAAAUGAGAUGUAUACUUACUGGUCCUUGUGAUGUUUCUAUACGAAUAUAACCAAACAAUCACUGUCAUACAAUUCAAUGUCGUUCUUUUAAUCA